ACCCAUUCUUUUCGUAAACACCACUUCACCCAACCCACAUCGAAAACCCCAACCCCACCCCACCAACAAACAUUCCUCGUAUAAUUCCCCCUUCAUUCUUCAUCAAAUCAUCUCAAUUAUGCCAAUUUCAGACAUAUUAGCCGCUAAUUUAACCGUCGUCUACUUAACGGUCAUAGCCGCCAUCAAGGGUUACGCCCACCUGACCGGCCGGUGCUACGGUGGCGUGGCGGUGUUGCUUCUGUCGACCACGGUGGUUGGGGCGUUGUUGGUGGUGGCGCUGACGUGGGAUGUGUCUCGGAAGGUGGUGACGUGUGCGUCGGUUACUCGUGGCGAUGAUGACGUGGCACAUGAGAUGUGUCGAGGUGGCAUAUGUUGGCACGGUGUUGCCGUUAAGUCGCCGGCAUCUCAGGUCCGGUUCAGGCUUCCGCAACGUCACGCUUUGAACCGCCAAUGAUAACUGAGCUUCAAAAUAAUAAUGUAUUUUAAAGAUUAAAGAAAAGAGAGUAUUGUAUAAUUUGAGAGUGGAAUAAUUUUUGUUCUUUUUUUUUUUUUAUGGCUGUAAUUACCGAGAGUGUAUGUAUAAUAUACCAUACGUUUUAUAUACGAAAUUGAUUUUAAUUAGAGAAA